AAUCCUAGCAAGAAAGAAUCUCACACAUCAACGCCUAUAACGUUUCUUCCCGAGCGGUUUCUUCUUCCGCAGCAUUAUGAAAAACAAAAAGCCCUGCUGCACUGAAGAGAUAGCCUCUCCGCGGGAUUGGUAUGGCCCGCUCCAAGCCCGAGGCUCCAACCCGUCGCUUCUGAGAGAAGUAACCUCACGGCAGAUAUGUCGGAAUACAUCAGGGUUACCGAGGAUGAGAAUGAAGAACCCAUUGAGAUCCCCUCAGAGGAUGAUGGGACUGUGUUGCUAUCUACGGUCACCGCUCAGUUUCCUGGGGCUUGUGGCCUGCGCUACAGAAAUCCUGUGUCUCAGUGUAUGAGAGGAGUCCGAUUAGUGGAAGGAAUUCUGCAUGCACCAGAUAAUGGCUGGGGAAAUCUGGUUUAUGUUGUUAAUUAUCCCAAAGACAAUAAGCGGAAAAUGGAUGAAACAGAUGCCUCAUCGGCUGUGAAAGUGAAGCGAGCAGUGCAGAAAACGUCUGAUCUCAUCGUUUUGGGACUGCCGUGGAAGACAACUGAACAGGAUCUAAAAGAAUAUUUCAGCACAUUUGGAGAGGUUCUCAUGGUGCAGGUUAAGAAGGAUAUAAAAACUGGCCAUUCAAAGGGUUUCGGGUUUGUACGAUUUACGGAUUAUGAAACCCAGGUGAAAGUCAUGUCUCAGCGACACAUGAUAGAUGGCAGAUGGUGUGACUGCAAACUUCCAAACUCUAAGCAAAGUCCAGAUGAACCUUUGCGUAGCAGGAAGGUGUUUGUUGGGCGUUGCACAGAUGACAUGACAGCAGAUGAGCUUCGUUCGUUUUUUUCACAAUAUGGAGAAGUGGUUGAUGUCUUCAUCCCCAAACCAUUCAGAGCAUUUGCCUUCGUUACGUUUGCUGAUGAUCAGGUUGCCCAGUCCCUUUGUGGCGAGGACUUGAUCAUAAAAGGAAUCAGCGUCCAUAUAUCCAAUGCUGAACCUAAGCAUAAUAGCAGUAGACAACUAGAAAGAGGUGGAAGAUUUGGUGGUAAUCCAGGAGGCUUUGGGAAUCAGGGUGGAUUUCCUAACAGGGGGGGAGGCGGUGGAGGAGGAGGGUUGGGAAAUAACCAGGGCAGUAACAUGGGGGGUGGAAUGAAUUUUGGAGCCUUUAGCAUCAACCCUGCCAUGAUGGCGGCAGCUCAGGCAGCGCUCCAGAGCAGCUGGGGGAUGAUGGGCAUGCUAGCGAGUCAGCAGAGCCAGUCUGGGCCGUCUGGGAACAGCCAGCCGCAAGGCAACAUGCAGAGGGAGCAGAACCCAGGCUUCAGUUCAGGGAGUAAUUCCUACGGAGGCUCAAACUCUGGUGCAGCAAUUGGGUGGGGCUCGUCCAAUGCAGGCUCUAGCAGUGGCUUUAAUGGAGGUUUUGGCUCGAGCAUGGAUUCCAAAUCAUCUGGCUGGGGAAUGUAGGCAAUCCAAUACAGACUCUGUGGUGGGAAAGCUGAUUUUUUUCCCUAGAGUUUCUGGUAAGUAUAUUAUAAGAUGCAUAUACUAAAA